AUGUUCAACGGAUUCCACACCCCGAUUCCUCCAAGCGACGCCGAGCUUGCAACCCAAACGUUGCAUGAAGAGUCUGGCUAUCGCUUCCCGUCGUUCUCAGCCAAUGAUGCGGUCACUCUGGGUCUCUCCCUCAGAAAGCGUUUCCGCGCAUCGUCCCGCCACUCAAAAGGAAAGGGGUUGGUUCUCUCUAUACAGACCAUUGCAGGGCACACGCUGUUUGCGUGUACUGUGGGUGAUUUAGGUGGGCUCUCGGGAGCGGGCGACGUAAGCCUCGAUAGCUGGGGUUGUUUGGAGGGUAUGAUUGCAGUCGUGCGGAGAACGGGACACUCGAGUUACUAUGUUGAGAAAGGCAUGGGAGCCAUGGGCAAAACACCAUCCCAAAUGGGCAUCAAAGGAGAAUAUCGUAUAAGCGGAGGAGCAUUUCCUAUAUGGCUUGAAAAUGCCCCGUGCUGUCCCAUCGCAGUGGUAGCAUGCUAUUCAGGCUCAAGUGCCGAUGAUCAUCACAUGGUCGUCAAUGUGGUAAGGGACUACCUCAAGAAAAUGCUUCGGGACAGCGAAGUGCCCCCUCCAUCGGAUUCCAUGCCGAUGCGCGUACCCCCAUUAAGCGGACGAGAAAGUUCGGCAUGGAUCGGCGAGCCUGCAUCAAGCGGGCUGCACAUUCGUAGCAGUUCAGAAUAUCGAGACGAUCAUGAGUUGUAA